AUCCCUUAGCCAAUCAGCAGCGUCUCUCCUCACUGCGCAAACCAAUCAGAGAGCUGCAUGCACUGAAAGCUCGAGCCAGCGGCGGUUUACCUGCUCAGUGAACACUAACGGGACGGGACGGGUACACACACCUGCCCGGUACCUUUUAUCCCCCUGAACUUCAAACAUAACGGAGUGAAAGCGACACCGCAACACCUGCCUCGCGCCACAGCGGAGGGUAACCGUCACUAAGUUGUCACUGAGCGCUCCGCCGGUACCGUCAUGGCUCGGCCCGGCUCGGGUGCCCUCCUCUGCCGCAGGAACAUCAAGCUGGACUGCUUCCUGAAGCGAAACACGGAGCGGACGGUGUAUGAACGGAUCCGCGUCUACGAACCGUGCGUGGUGAUUUCAGAGACUGUUAAUAAAGUGCACAUGCACGUGGUGCUGAGCGACGAGUGCGUGUACCUGACCGAGUACCCGCCGCGGACGCUCACCGAAGCCUUCAGCUUCAGGCGCGUGCGGGACAUCGAGCUGGUCAAUGACCUGCCAGAUUUCCUCCAAGGGAAGGACCGGGAGCUCUGCCAGCACAUUCGAAUCACCUACACCACUGACAAGCCUGCAGCGAAGGGCUGGGAUUGGCUGAGGAGAGACGGGAGGGCUGGACUUCCUCCUGCAGCUCCGCCCUCUCGCAGAUCCAGCAACUGCCCAACAAACACACACACCUUAGAAGGAUAUCCUGCACACAGGAGCCCCAGUGAGAGGGCGACAGAGGAAGUUCACACGUUACCUCCCACACGUUCUGCCUCCUGUCCAAACCCGGAGACUCUGGGCCUCCCAAGGCUCCCACACCCUCCCACCCAGUCUCCCUCUGCAGCAUCCUCCCCCACCUCGCCUCUGUCACCCUCCAGUGACAGACUGAGCGUCCCUGACGCUCGCCCGAUACCGAGGAGGAUCGGUUCAGUUCUGUCCCGCCUGUUGCGAAGAGACUGCGCGGACAGCGGAGAGGAGAGGGAGGUGGAGCUGCAUCUGUACGCUGUAUCACACACGUCCAGACUUUACCACCAUCUACAGAGCUCAUGGAGCAGCUUCAUUAUUAGGUCCACUCUGCUGUUAGACCCGCUCUACAGACGUAGGUGCAGCAUCUCAUCCGUCUCCUCUCCUGGGAGGCGACUUCCCACCAUCAGCUGGGAGCGGACAGCUCACCUGUUUGGUCAGCUGACCUCUGAGCUCCUGCAGGAGGGGAUCAGUUUGGAGAGUCUCUACCUGCUGCUGCAGGAGCUGAGGACUGCCGCUCACCGCAACAUCGCCCUGCGCCGACUCUUCUGGAGGUCCAGUGAGGUUUGCGUCUUCCUGGUUCAGACUCUGGAGGAAUCUCUGCACGGCUGUCAGAGCCUCAGCGGAGUCUACACUGCAGAUCAGCUGCUACUGAGCACUGAGAUCGUGCAGACGCUCGCCAUCAUGUUCAGAGAGACGGAGGUGGAACCAGCCAGACUCAGCCUGCUCUCUGGCAAAAAAGGUGCUCUGGCCUCCAGCAUGCUGCUUGCCUUGAUAUGUGAUCCAGAGCUACAAACACAGAACCAAAGAUCUCUGGGUGACUGUGAGCUUCAGGCCUUACUAGCUGAGUAUCUGGACGCCGCCUGCUCUCUGCUGUUUGAGCUGCUGCUUUUAGGCCACGAGGCCUCCAGAUGUUCCUCCGCUGAGAGCUUCUUGACCGUUGGCUGGAUCCUCCGAGUCCUGCAGCCUCAUCCUGACCUGCUCCCCUUCCUCGGCUACCAGGCCCAGCAGGUGGUGCUGGUCUUGUCAGACGUGCAGGAGUCCUCUCUGACUCCGGUUCAGUCUGUGCUGCUGUACCAGCGCUGUCACCUCCUGCUGGCCUGCCUGCGGCACAACAACCAGCUGGCACAGCACCUGCGGUCCCACUUCAGAGAGGAGUUCAGGUACUUUGUGAAGCUGUCACGUGCCGAGGAGAAGCUGCUGCCUCACUAUCCAAUCAGCCAACCAACUCUUCGGCUGGUCGAGCAGAUCCUGAACCUGCACAGAUGAUGGCACACAAACCAGGUGCUUGUACACCUGGAGACAAGACUGUGACAGUGUGUGCCUUUACUAAAGUCUGAGUGAGUUUAUGUUUGGAGCUGUUUGACCACCGCCAUGGACCAAGCUCUAAAUCUGCUGACAGUUCCAGCAGACUAAAUAAAACUACAAUGUGUGUAUGACGUGUGAACUGCAAUGCUGUACAGAGUACAACUCUUCUUCAGGUUUCAUGAGCUAAAUGCUAACACCACUAUGCUAAUGUUUAGCAGGUAUAGUCCUUACAAUGUUUAGCAUAUUAGCACUAAAACAAACAUUCCUAUUGUAUGAACGUUUGUCCCUGUAUGCUCAGAUUCUGCCUUUGUGUGCAUUUGAAAUGUAUAUGUGUGUGUGAUGUUUAACAUGUUAUGUGCCGAGAGUCCUCAGGUGAUGUGUACUCUAAAUUAAAUUUAUUUGGACACAGUCGUUCAGCACUAAAGGUUGAACCUAGCUCAUCUUCUGCCACAACCCACUGUGAUGCUGACAUCCUCCAAAGUGGCUGAUCAUACUCAAGUGUACAUUCAUGGUGCAGUGACCACGAGAUUGUCACAACCAUAGAUGAAUCUAUCCGUCCAUCAUUGUCCACUUAGCCAGGGCGAGGUCA